AUGGCCAAGCAAUUCCCUUCUGAUGUCGUGGGCACUGCGGUCGGGGUCUUGGUCUACUCUUUCUUGGCUUUGACUCUGAAUGGACUCGUGAUCUGGUUGACAUGGGCUCACCGGGAGCGCGUCAGUUAUGUCGCAUUAAUAUCUUACAUUCUCUUCCUAUCCACAGCGACAUGUAUUGCAUCGCAGCUUCACUUCUAUGUCGACUAUGACGAUGUUGUCACAACGCAGUGGCGCGCCUCUGUGGCUAAUCCCAAGAACCCAGAGAUGGCCAUAUCAAAUGGUGCCGUUGGUGUAGACCUGGGACUCUGGUAUUUCAGACAGUACUCGUUCUCGGUGGCCUCGAUGCUUGUUUGCUUUUGGGCCUUUGCGCUUCUCCAGUCUGUUUAUGGCUGGUGGGCAAAGCCUCACCUAAAGGUGUUGUUCGAUCGGGUCAAUGCUGUCGGAAAGGUGGUCUCGUUCAUCUUGCCAAUUGUGACAAUCUGCCUACUCCAGUCGAAAACUAUUCAGAAAUCAAUUGGCGCUUUCAUGUUUCUCGCUAAUGUUCUUUUAAUGAUAAGCCUGGCAUUUGGUGUUGUCCUUUUGCUUGGAAUCUUGACUCGAUAUCUUCAAAGUAGAAGACAAUUGGUUUCCUGGAAUGUCCAAUAUGGCAAGAGUUCAUCAAACAACUCGAGCUUACCCGGCUAUGCCGUGGCCAAGCAACACAAUUCGGGCGGCAUCUAUGAUCGAUGGCUAUUGACUCGGUUCACAAUCGCAUUUGUAGUGCUCGCUAUCUUUGAGCUCACCAACAUGCUCUUCCAGUUUACCGGAAUGUCCAACAGUAAUAAAGACGCGAUCCGCGCGAGCCCGGACUAUAGUGUUGAGAGGGCGAAAGAAACGACCAUUCUCUUUCUGCCAGGGCCGGCCCCAAGUUAUCUGCUCUUUAUCGUUUUUGGCACCACGACUGCAUUCCGCAGACACAUGUACGCAACAUUUGUGCCUAGACGAUGGCAGAGAAGAUCCGAUGCUUCAGAACCCGCGCGCCCGUGGGUCAUGUCGCCCAAGCGCUCGUCGCGAUCGACAAUUCGCCCUCGUACCAUGACCGGGCCGAGCCCCUCGAGCAUCCCGCAUGCUGUCGCUAUUCAAUUAGCAGAUAUUGAAAAGGAUGGUCGGAGUCCUCCGAGCAAUGACUCGGAUGAUACGCUGCCAAUGUUGCCUCUGAUGAAACCAACCUAUCAGCGAACUCAUGUGAGAAGAGCAACGAGAUAA